AGCGUUCCUCCACGGUGCUUGCUUUCUAGCCUCGGACCGGAACCGGAAGUUUAGGGGGCGGGGCCGGUGGAGGCCAGGGGACCGAAAACGCGGCCGAGCUCGGAGUCCGGAGCCGGAGCCGGAGCCAGAGCCAGAGCCUGGACCAGAACUUGGCUGUCUGCUGCACCGCCGCUGUCGCCGCUGCCCGUCGCUCCUUCUCCGCGCCGCUGCCUCCUGGGCCGCCGCUGCCGCGAGCUCGGCUACCAGUGGUCCGCAGACUUUGGGUGUCCGGGCUGAAGGUCGGUCCGGACGUCGGACCCAGCUCGGUUCCCGGACUGUCCGGGCGGCAGCGGGCGCCGGCGCCGCCGCCUCCUCGUCGCCUCAGCCUGGCGUUUUGUUCUGAGAGACCCGAGAGGCGAGCGGAGCUGACAGUGAUUUUGACAGUGAUUUAAGCCUGCUUUUGUUGUUGUUGGCUUUUCGUUGUUUGGUUUAGUGUGUUGUGCGUGUGUGUGGCGGUUUUCCCCCCGUGGUGCAUUUCUUUUUAUUGUUGUGCUCUUUUUGUUUUUCCUUUUUUCUUUUUCUUUUUUUUUUUUUAACCCCGUGAACGUUUUUUGGUCGGGGCUUCCGAAUAUGUUUUAUGACGGUUGAUUUUACACCAGGAGGUUUGUCUCCGAGGAACAUCCAGGGAACUGGAUAUCUAGCGAGAACUUCAUACGGCUUCCCCGGCGCCUCGGGAAAAUGGGAGCUGCUGCGAAGUUGGCGUUUGCCGUCUUUCUUAUCUCUUGUUCUUCAGGUGCUAUACUUGGUAGAUCUGAAACUCAGGAGUGUAUUUUCUAUAAUGCUAAUUGGGAAAGAGAUAAAACCAAUCGAACUGGUGUUGAACCCUGUUAUGGUGACAAAGAUAAACGGCGACAUUGUUUUGCUACCUGGAAGAAUAUUUCUGGUUCCAUUGAAAUAGUGAAACAGGGCUGUUGGCUGGAUGAUAUCAACUGCUAUGACAGGACUGAUUGUAUAGAAAAAAAAGAUAGCCCUGAAGUAUAUUUUUGUUGCUGUGAGGGCAAUAUGUGUAACGAAAGGUUUUCUUAUUUUCCGGAGAUGGAAGUCACACAGCCUACUUCAAAUCCAGUUACACCUAAGCCACCCUACUACAACAUCUUGCUCUAUUCCUUGGUGCCACUUAUGUUAAUUGCGGGGAUUGUCAUUUGUGCAUAUUGGGUAUAUAGGCAUCAUAAGAUGGCCUACCCUCCAGUACUUGUUCCGACUCAAGACCCAGGACCACCCCCACCUUCUCCAUUACUAGGUUUGAAGCCACUGCAGUUAUUGGAAGUGAAAGCAAGGGGAAGAUUUGGUUGUGUAUGGAAAGCUCAGUUGCUCAAUGAAUAUGUAGCUGUGAAAAUAUUUCCAAUACAGGAUAAACAGUCUUGGCAAAACGAAUAUGAAGUCUACAGUUUGCCUGGAAUGAAGCAUGAGAACAUAUUACAGUUCAUUGGUGCAGAAAAACGAGGCACCAGUGUUGAUGUGGAUCUUUGGCUAAUCACAGCAUUUCAUGAAAAGGGUUCACUGUCAGACUUUCUUAAGGCUAAUGUGGUCUCUUGGAACGAAUUGUGUCAUAUUGCAGAAACCAUGGCUAGAGGGUUGGCCUAUCUACAUGAGGAUAUACCUGGUCUGAAGGAUGGCCACAAACCUGCCAUAUCUCACAGGGACAUCAAAAGUAAAAAUGUGCUGUUGAAAAACAAUCUGACAGCUUGUAUUGCUGACUUUGGGUUGGCGUUAAAGUUUGAGGCUGGCAAGUCUGCAGGUGAUACUCAUGGACAGGUUGGUACCCGGAGGUAUAUGGCUCCAGAGGUAUUAGAGGGCGCUAUAAACUUCCAAAGGGAUGCAUUUUUGAGGAUAGAUAUGUACGCCAUGGGAUUGGUCCUGUGGGAACUGGCUUCUCGCUGUACUGCUGCAGAUGGACCUGUAGAUGAGUACAUGUUACCAUUUGAGGAGGAAAUUGGCCAGCAUCCAUCUCUUGAAGACAUGCAGGAGGUGGUUGUUCAUAAAAAAAAGAGGCCUGUUUUGAGAGAUUAUUGGCAGAAACAUGCUGGAAUGGCGAUGCUCUGCGAAACGAUAGAAGAAUGCUGGGAUCAUGAUGCAGAAGCCAGGCUAUCAGCAGGAUGUGUAGGUGAAAGAAUUACUCAGAUGCAAAGACUAACAAAUAUCAUUACCACAGAGGACAUUGUAACAGUGGUCACAAUGGUGACAAAUGUUGACUUUCCUCCCAAAGAAUCUAGUCUAUGAUGGUUGCACCAUGUGUACACGGUGAGAAACAGGACUCUGGACUGGAGCUGCUAAGCUAACGAAACUGCUCACAGUUUAUUUUGUGUGAAAUGAGUAGGCUGUCUCCUGGACAUGUCGAAAAGAAGACCCUCAUUGAAAACUGUGGUUCUGGGAGACUUAGGACGUUGCCUGUAGCAGAGAUGUGAAGGACGUGAGACUAAGAGAAACGUUGCAAAUUAUAUAAACUUUUGAAAAAGUGUACAUGAAGAAUGUAGCCCUCUCCAAAUCAAGGAUCUUUUGGACCUGGCUAAUCAAGUGUUUGAAAACUGACUUCAGAUUUCUUAAUGUCUGUCAGAAGACACUAAUUCCUUAAAUGAACUACUGCUAUUUUUUUUUAAAUCAAAAACUUUUCAUUUCAGAUUUUUAAAAGGGUAACUUGUUUUUACUGCAUUUGCUGUUGUGUUUCUAUAAAUGACUAUUGUAAUGCCAAUAUGACACAGCUUGUGAAUGUGUAGUGUGCUGCUGUUCUGUGUACAUAAACAAGUCAUCAAAGUGGGGCACAGGAGAGGCUUCCGAGCGUUACUUUAACCUCCCUCAACAAGGUAUACCUCAGUUCCACGGUUGCUAAAUUAUAUCACUGAAAACACUAACAAAAUUUGAAUAAACUGAUCCAUGUUUUGUAACAAGGUAUUACAAAUUCACUGUGUUAUUUAAGAAAAAAGGUAAGCUAUGCUUAGUGCCAACAGUAAAUGGCCACUGGUAAAGCAGUGUUUUAGCUUUUCUUGUGCUAGCUUGUAAUUUAAGGGGAAAAUAGUGCUGUUGUUUUGAAAUGAGCAAAUGUCAUUUUCCACUUCUUCCCGUGUUUUAAAGCUUCAUCUUAUAUCUAGUUCCCAAAAUAUUGCAUACUUACCUAAGUAUUUUUUUAGGUGUGCUGUGUUUGGGGAAAUUUGAAAAUUUAAAGCAUGAUUUAAAAUUUUUUAAGUGAGCUGUGACACUGGAAAGCUCUUCAUUUUUAUUCUUUUAAAAUAGAUUUUUUCCUAUUUAUAUUAUGUAAAUUUGUGUUUUUGUCUUUUCAUCAAACAGUGUGUGGGAUAUUCUUUAUUACUGUUUUAGGAUCACCUCAGGAAGUGUCAUUACCCAGAAUUCCUCACUCUCUGCUUUGAGACUUGUAACUUUUUCACCGUAUUUCUGCUUGGUGCCAUCUUGUCAGGGUAAUAUUUGAUGUCUGUGAUAUGUAAAGAAUUAUCCUAGGAUAGAGACUGUAAAUUUUAAGCACAGAUUUCAGAUGUUACUGCUUUAAAACAAAUCAGGGAUAACAAGUCAAACUUCUAACUUAAAAUAUGCAAUGAUAUUUAGAGGUAACCAGUGCUGAUAUAGGUAACAUAGCCUAGUCUCCUCCUGCAAAUUGCUUUCACAACUAACUCUAAUAUUAUUUUAAGAUAGUUCAUGCCUUAUCCUUGAAAAUGGAAUUGUUGGUAGGCGCUGAAGUGCUUCUCAAAACAACAUAUCAAAAUAUAAUUGGAUUUCCUCAAAUUUAUACAAGCCAAAGUAAAACAUUAAUUUCCUGAAAUUUUAGAUUACUCGCCAACAAAUAGCCAGUAUUAUGCUAUGUAAUUUUUGUCAGGUCAUUUUAAAAUCCAUACAUUAAUUUUAUAAAAUGAUUUCUUACAUGUCACUAUCAAGAGCUUACUGUGAGUGUUAUCAUUAAACGGCUAUUUAACCACACAGUACACUUUACAUAUAAUACGCACUUACUCUCUGGGAAAAAUAAGUUACAUUAUUUAUGAGCACUACACUGGUCACCAGACUCGAAGCAGGGAGGGAAAGGAGAGUAGGAGCAUUGCUGUCUGUGCACCACACACACCAUGCAGAACGUCCUCUCGCCACAUUACAUGCCCAGGUCAUCCUGUUAUUUUUAAGAGUUUCCAUUUCAAUGUUUAGUUCACUUCUUUAUUUCAAAAAGUACUUUGCCUCUCAAUUUCUUGAUUUUAUUUUGCUUCCACUUUGAAACUAAUCAAGAAAGGAAAAUAAUGAGAAUAGUUCACACACAGAAAUUACCAUCUGAAGACAUUUAUACCUAUUCUACACAUUUAAUCCUCAUUUUAAACGGUUAAAAAAUCCAAUCCAAAGAAAAUGAGUAUUGCGGCUAUUUGGCCUCUGUGAGCACUAGACAUAAAUUUUAUAAGACCAGUUAUUCACAAGAUAAAUUUUUCCCCAUGUCAGAAAAAAAUGUUCAGAAAUCUGGGUAUUGUACUUUAACCAAUUUUAAAACUUGUAUCCUUUUGAGAACUAUAUUAACAGAAAAACACUUUUUUUAAAGAUGUUAAAUAAGAACGUUCCAGUGACUACCUGAUACCCAGUCUUGUUAAAACUUUCUUUUGCAGGGCAUUUUUAUGUUUGUCUACAGUAGGUGCAGAGUGGGCAAGUUAACAAAAGUUUGAGCUAGGAAUACUAAAAAAAGGAAAGAGCAAAGAAUGAGAAAAAUAUGACUUCGUCUUGGGGUGAACUGGAACCCCAGUGAUUUUUUCCUCAUGUGUAUGGUGCUCCUUAUGAUUUGUCUUGUAUUUUGCCUUUCUGAUGCCUGUUGGAACUGCUGCUCUCACUCCCACUUUACCUUGCCCAGGUCUCCGUCUAAGGAACACUGUAUGAUCAACUGCCAUAGGACUAAUGACGGACUAACCAGUGUUUGGCUUUACUCGAAGUCUAUGCCCUGACAACUCUUGUGUGUAUUUCAGAUGCUAGGAAGUUUUUAGCAUGUGAUGUGUGAUUCUUGUUUGAAUGUUUAUUACAGGUACCUUGUGAAUUCUAGAACAGAGACUGUGCCUCACAAUUAUUGAUCCCAUGAACUAUUUUUUUUUCAUGGUGAUGUUUUUGAAAAUACAAUCAGGAAACAACCCCAAGUUUGGAAUUUAAAAUAGAAUCAUCUAUCAUCAAAUUAAAAAAGAAUCUCUUCUUCCCCCUUUCCUCCCCCCACCCCACAGGUAAAAUGCAGGCGGUAGGAGAGAACACCCUGUCCAGGUGAAACUGUAGUUUGGUGGAAUAAACUGAUUACUGUUUAAAACAACUGCUUCACCACAGAUUUUUCCAAUUUCUCUUUUUUACCUUUCUAAAUUACUUUUUAGGAACAUUUGGUAUAAUGUGCAUAAAAUUACUUACUGAUUUAUGGGCAAAAUGAUACAAGUAGCAUCUUGAUUGAACAUCAUUUACCUCAGAUAUUCAACCAGCAGUACAUUUUUUAUGCAGUCUCAACCCAUAUCCUAUUUGUUACCUCUCAAAAUAUUGGAAAGCAAUUAUUUUAGCUUUACUCUGUAUUUUUUGUCAGUGUUUUGGACACAGGUUGUUGUACUACUGUCAAAUUGUACUUGCUAUUUUUUCUGCAAGUAUUUAACAAAAAGCUAAAAAAAAAGCCCCAUUAAACCCCACCUUGGAUAAGUGAUUGUUAAAUA